AACCCGAUAGAUUAGCUCCAUCAAUAUUCACGUUAUUAGAAAGCGGGAGGGUGAUGGAUCAGUGAUGUCAGCGCACUGUGAAACCCGGAGCCGUCUGCCUGCAUGCGUGUCAUCACCUUGCACUGACAGAGAGCUCAGAUAUUUUGGGGAGGUGGAGAUCAUGCUUUGUCAUUGAGGAGCUCAGCAGCAGCAGCAGCAGCAGCAUUCUCCCACUCCGGCACGUCCGACGCUCAGCAUGCUGCAUCCUGAUGCGCUCUCUCCGACACGGUGUGGGGAUACCUGGAUUUACAUGCGUCUCCCUUUUAACGCUUUUACAUGACCCGUCGGAUGCAAGCGGCCGCGUUUUCUUGACGCAUCUCAAUGUUUGAUCCAGGGGACAGAGACACGUCCCAAGUGUCAGAUAAGAUACGACCUGUCCUGCGGAUGCGCCGUCACUGUUUUGCCUCCAGUUGCACCCCAAGUGUAUGAGAUCCAUGAUUCAUCCCUCUGUUUUUACGGGCUAUCCUUAGAGCGCAUUUCUUGUCUUCUGCAAAAAUGGAAAGAUUCCAGUCUUCCAUGCGCAAACGGCUCUACAGCUUGCCGCAAAAUAUUGGGCAAAAACCUUUCGUGAUUGAUGAAGGAGACAACGGCGACAAGGACACUAAGAGGAAAAGUAUUCGGCUAAAACAUUUGUCCUCUCUGUCUCCUGCAAGCAGUUGCAAGAGCAUUGAGGAGGCCAGGAGCGAAGACUUGGACAGGGAUGUCACUGUGAAGACCAACUUGAACGGGGACUGUCGCUUAUUUCGAGGCAGCAUCUCUUCCAUCACCGGGCGGCAUCCUCCCGGAUCAGACCCGGCGGAGCAGCGGUGCCUCAUCCCCGAGGCGGAUGCGGGUGUCGGUGAGAGUUUCCCCGGUGAGCGCGGCCCCGGGGCCCAGCAGCGGGCAACGGGUGGUCUGACUGGCGCAGCCGGGCAAGCAUCUAUUUUCGACCAGUCAAGUUUCAUCAAGUUGGAGGGCACCGAGCAGAUAAUACCUGAAGAUGACCGCUUGUACCAAGCCGGUUUCAUGCACAGGCAGUUUGGGGCGAUGCUCCAGCCGGGAGUCAACAAGUUCUCCCUGCGGAUGUUGGGCAGUGAGAGGGCCGUGGAGCAUGAGAGGGAACGAGUAAAGUCUGCUGGCUUCUGGAUAAUCCACCCAUACAGUGAUUUUAGGUUCUACUGGGAUCUGACCAUGCUGCUGCUGAUGGUGGGAAACCUCAUCAUCAUUCCCGUGGGCAUCACCUUCUUUAAGGACGAGCACACACCACCGUGGAUCGUCUUCAACGUGGUUUCAGACACCUUCUUUCUCAUGGACCUGGUCCUCAACUUCCGCACAGGCAUCGUUAAGGAGGACAACACAGAGAUCAUCCUGGACCCACAGCAGAUAAAGAUCAAGUAUCUGAAGAGCUGGUUCGUGGUGGAUUUUAUCUCCUCCAUACCUGUGGACUACAUCUUUCUCAUCGUAGAAACACGCAUCGAUUCAGAUUUUUACAAGACGGCCCGAGCUCUGAGGAUCGUCCGGUUCACCAAGAUCCUCAGUCUGCUGCGGCUGCUGCGUCUGUCGAGACUCAUCCGCUACAUCCACCAGUGGGAAGAGGUUUUCCAUAUGACCUAUGACCUGGCCAGCGCUAUGGUGCGUAUCAUGAAUCUGAUUGGUAUGAUGCUGCUGCUGUGUCAUUGGGAUGGAUGUCUGCAGUUCCUGGUUCCCAUGUUGCAGGACUUCCCUCCUGACUGCUGGGUCACUAGAAAUAAGAUGGUGAACGACACAUGGGGCCAGCAGUACUCCUACGCUCUGUUUAAGGCCAUGAGUCACAUGCUCUGCAUUGGGUAUGGCCUUUACCCUCCUAUAGGCAUGGCUGACGUGUGGCUCACCAUUCUCAGCAUGAUUGUGGGCGCUACGUGCUUUGCCAUGUUUGUGGGGCAUGCAACCGCACUCAUUCAGUCUUUGGACUCCUCUAGGAGGCAGUACCAAGAAAAGUAUAAACAGGUUGAGCAGUACAUGUCCUUCCACAAGCUCCCGGCAGACAUGCGACAGAGAAUCCACGACUACUACGAACAUCGUUAUCAGGGCAAGAUGUUUGACGAAGAAAGCAUCUUGGAAGAACUAAAUGAGCCACUGAGAGAGGAAAUCAUCAACUUUAACUGUCGCAAACUGGUGGCCUCCAUGCCUCUGUUCGCCAACGCCGAUCCUAAUUUUGUCACCUCCAUGUUGACAAAGCUACGGUUUGAGGUCUUCCAGCCGGGCGACUACAUCAUCAGAGAGGGGACCAUCGGCAAGAAGAUGUACUUCAUCCAGCACGGUGUCGUCAGCGUCCUGACAAAAAGCAGCAAGGACACCAAGCUCUCUGACGGAUCGUACUUUGGAGAAAUCUGCUUGCUGACCCGAGGCAGAAGGACGGCCAGUGUUCGAGCAGAUAACUACUGUCGCCUGUACUCUCUGUCGGUGGACAACUUCAACGAGGUGCUGGAAGAAUAUCCCAUGAUGAGAAGAGCCUUCGAGACUGUGGCUCUCGACCGUCUGGACCGCAUUGGCAAGAGGAACUCUGUCCUCCAACAUAAAGUCCAGCAUCACCAAAGUUCUGGCACACUAAACCUCCAAGAGAGCGAAAUCAUCCAAAGAAUAGUGCAACAUGAUCGUGACAUGGCCCAAUGCACACAGCUGAUCCAGACCAGCACCGCACAGAGUCUGAACCCCCCUCCCGCCCCUCCAUCACCCACCCCGGUCAUCUGGGCCCCGCUGGUCCAGGCCCCGCUGCAGGCUGCUGCUGCCACCACGCCGCUGGCCCUGGCCUUGGCCCACCACUCCCAGCUGCCCCCCAUCCUCUUCCACCACCCCCUGGCACCGGGCUCGGGCUCUGUUAAGGACCAUGGUGGCCACCUUAAAAGAGUCCACGUUGGAGCGAAUGCCUCCAGCAGCUGCGGUUCAGGGCCCGGUUCUCCCGCCAGCUCUGCCAAAUUUCGCUCUGGGGUGGAGACUCCCACACUCAGGACACACCACUUCUCCGCUGGACCUGUUUCUCCCACACUGACGCCCCAGUCCGUCUUCACCAGCAGCCUGCAACCUCUGGCCCCUCUCUCUCAGCACCAGCCCCCACACCAUCCUCCCCAUUCGGGUGUGGCCUCAGUGUUCCCCAUCAGCCAGGCCACGGUGUCCUACACCUGCUCCGCCCAGCUCCACUCUCAGCCCUUCCACGGUGCUAUGACCACCCCACCUCACCCGUUAGGUUUACUCCAGCAGGGGGUGCCUGGGAGGCUACCAGGGAGAUUCCCAGCCCCCUCUGCUCCCACCAUAAGCCCUCUGAUCUCCAGCUCAGUCACUCCCAUACUAAGCCAGCUGCAGCAGACCUCGCACGCCACCACACAGCAGAUGGUCUCCACUCAUGACAAAGCAGCCAGGACGUCCAGCGGCGUGAGCCUCCCUCAUUUUCCCUUCAUCACCAGCACCCACUCCUCCAGUGGAUUUAUUCAGCCGGUCUCUGGAGUUGUACCUACUGGGGCUGCAGCUUCCCUGGCACAGCACAGCUUAGCGGGCCUCCAGUCCGUUUUCCUGCCCCAGAUUCUCCCCGAACACUCCGCCCUCGCUUCGCUGGCCCAGUACGGCUCAGCAGAGGCCUCACCCUGUUACACACCUCCAGUCCACAGUCCCAGCAUCCAGAGCCCCGUGAGAGGAAGGACAGUUUACCACAGCGAGCUCCCCAGCACCAUGAGCUCUCACACCCCUGUAGCCCCUCAGACCUCGUGCCCUGCCCGGGUGUCCUGCAGCCUCAAAGACCGGGCUGAGUCCUCGGGGGAUCUCUUUACCCAGGAAAUAAAGACUAUCUCAGGCUCUCACAGCUCUAUACACCAGGAAAGGCCUUUGGCCAUGAGAGGCUCCUCAGAGGGGUUAGCAGGGACAUCAAGCCCAUUCUCCUCCCCCGUGUCCGUCAAUAAACCCUACAGCCCCAUCCCAGGUCAAGCUACCCCCGCCAGUCGAACACAUUCAGGGCCCGAACCUCAGAACCAGUCCAUGGGAGUCCACUCGCCUCACGUUCAAUCCCCCUCUAAAAUCCUAGAGACAGAACACAAACAGUCCAAACUUCCCUCCCAUUUGUGAGGUUCAGACACACCCUCCUUUAACGCCUGAAUGGAGCAGACAUCAUCUUUCAUGGGCAUCAUUUUAACCACAACUUUGCCAAUUUGGAAGUAGGAGGGUGUGUUAUUCUAAUCAGACUGGAGAUCAGUGGUUUCAUUUUUAAUCAGAGUGAAUGGAUCGGGGAUAAUAAAGGACAAUGAUGGUGUUUUUCUACAAGAUAUUGCUUCUUUGACUAUAGUAAUAAAAUCCAAAACCUAUUGAUAAAUAUAUAUAGCACCUCAUGAAAAUAUCAAUUGUUAAAUGUAUUAUAUUGUAACCACACUCUGUGAUUUGUUAUUUGUUUAAAACUCAUUGUCCUGGCAAUUUUGUGUAACCUUUUAGCGACACCUGUUUAGUUAAAAAAAUGUCCACAACUGUAUCCAGUAUUAAUUGAAACCAAAAAUUGCUGUCCUUUUUAUAUCCUUCCCGACUAUUGGGUGUGAAUGCAAAGUUACACUUAAGAGAUUGGAGAAGAAACAGACUGUGCACUUUGCUUGUUUCAGAGAUCACCUAAUGUGACGACACCAUGUCUUCCAAGAUAGCAUUUUAGCAAUAUUGCACACAAAUCAGACCCCAUAUGGAAAAAAAAUGAAAAAUGAAUGUAAUGUUUGUCCAUCUGAGUGGGAGAAACUGUUGAGUUUGUUGCUCAUGAAGGCUGUUUGAUGCUGGUAGUUUUCUUUAAAACACCAGGAAGUGAAACUGGUUCUAAAAUCGUGACAAUGCAUGCAUUUCCAUGUUAGAUCUUCACAAUUGCUCCAGCAUGUGGCGAGCUGCACAGCUGAUGCCAAAUCAUCGCAGUCUGAGAGUAACUUAGGUACAGAUCAUACACCUGAGCCAAGGUCUGUGUGCCAUUAGCAUAGUAUGCAAUAAUCUGUGUUUUUCUAUGGGAAUACAAAGGUACUGUGAAUCGAAGCACUUGAGUCGCUGAGUGAGAUUGUGUUUUUAGUUCAGAGUUGAUUAAAACAAGGACAUAAAAAAGUAAUUGUGGAUAAUCAAACAUCCAAAACCAGCGAUGCACUAAGAUUGAUCUGAAUGUUUCUUGCACCAGUCAAAGGGCUACAAGCAGUUACUUGGACACAUGGUUAACAAGAAACCCUGAUGGGUCAUAUUGCUGCAUAUUUACCUCUUUCAUUGUACAUUAUUUGAUUGUAAAAACGGACAUCUCUUGUUAAACAACUGCUGCUUUGUGAUGCUAUGCUGACUUAAUAAGAAGUGUAUGCUUUUUUAAGUCAAAAAAAGAUCCUACUUGUUAAUAAUAUCACAUAUUUAGAUGAUAUUUGUCUUUCUGGACCUGUGGCCGGGGAGGAACUGAGAACAGCCGGCCGGUCAACAGGUGAAACCAUUGGAGGAUCCUGUCCAGUGGCUUUAGCUGCCUGGUUACUGACCCUGAAGCUGAUGUUUGCUGCUGAGGAGAGAUACGAUCAGUCACUGUCCAGUCACUUCCAAUGGGCUCGAUCACUCCCUCAUUACUAUUCUCCUCCAACCCCGAACCGCCACACCAGCUGCCAGAGGCAUCAGCUCGGGUUGACUGCGAGGUUACUCCCAUUCAACUUAAAGGUGUGUGUUUCGUGUGGGACAGGAGGUCGCUCUCAUUCAGUCACAUCCAUUUCUAUAUUUACUUCUCAUUUUGCUGCCUUUUAACCACCAAAUUUGAUGAUUCUAUCACCUAUGUAUGUUAGGCAUAAUUUAUUUUAGCUAAUGAAUUCAAUGCAAUAAAAUAACAUAUGGUCAAUGA